AUGGAUAUAUGUCAAAUGAUACUUCAAGCGAUUAAUACUGAUGAUUGGAGUGCCUUCUAUGGUAAUCCGGUGAAAUUCGGUUUAGGGCUUGUAUCGAUGAUUUUCGAUAUAGUGUUCAUAAUCCAGCACUAUGUUCUAUAUCGUAAUAAGAACGCUUCACUAGAAGCGCCAAAGAUUGAUGAGUCACGAGCGACGAUCGAUGCGAACGAUCAAAGCAGUAUGGAGGCAGCGCCGAGUGAGGAUGGUAGUAGCGUACCUAUUUAUGUUGAUCGGACCAAUAAUCCGAUUGUUUAG